UCCGCGACGGUUCGUUUUGUGCCUUUUUGUUUGUUUUUGUUUUUUGUUUUUUUUUAUCUUAACUUUCUUCAUUCGGUCCCGUCCGUCCCGCAAAUGUUUCACUCUGUUCCAAUCGCCGUCUUCUUAAUAACUCGCCAGAAUUUAUCUCGAAAAAAACAAAAACAAAAGCAAAGUGUCCUUUUUUGAAAAUUAUUAACUAGUUCUCCUAUCUGGGAUGUGAAAUUGUCCAGCAAAAAGCAGCCCGCCGCGUAAUCAGAACGUAGUGUUGUUUUUCUUUUUUCUUCUUUCCGUGUUCUUACACGGCGGGACGCCACAUGUCAGACGCGGGUGUUCGUUGAUCUUCUCCCCGGGUCGGUGAGAAACGACGCCCGUGAAGCUCAGCGCACACAUAAAAAAAAAAAAAAUGUUAACUUCGUUGAAGAAUUCCCUGUCCAGCUAUUUUAAUACCAGCAAACCACCCCGGCCACCCAAACGAUCUUCUCCAGGCUCGACGAUCAUCAGCCAGAGGCAGGCGUCCAUUAGCGUGCGGACGAAAGAAGUUCGAUUGAUUCGCGAUGGCGGGAGCAGCGGCGAUGGUUACGGAAUCACGUUGCGCAGCAGCAGCAGCAGCGCUACUGGCGGCGGCGAGUCAAACACGAAAAGCGGACGGUCGUUUAUCAUCACCUACGUCAAGCCAAACAGCCCGGCUGAUAGGGACGGAACUGUUCAAAUAGGAGAUCGCGUCCUAUCCGUCAACGGACGAGAGCUGGCCGGAUGCAGUUUAAUACAAGCGCAAAAAUGGAUACGAGAAACGGACAAGUUAUCGGCCGUCAUCGAGUACGACGUCGCUCUAGUCGAUAGGAGCCAAUACGCCCACAGCCCGCUCCUCGUCGAAGUGGAGAAAUCACCCGGAGCUCUCCUGGGCAUCAACCUGGCCGCCGAAAACACGGCCAAGACCAAUAACCAACGCGGGGUUGUCAUCGAGUCCAUCACCUCCGCAUCAAUCGCCGAAAGGUGUGGCGCUCUGCAUCCAGGUGAUCAAAUCUUAGCCGUGGGCGAUGUUCGAUUGGACGGAUCUGCCGGCGUGGACGUGCAGGAAGUGACGCGAUUAUUGCGCAGCAAUUACAACGGCGACGUUGUCAAAUUGAUUGUCGCUCCGGCCGGAAUGAUGCAGCGGAGGAGCGGAGAGCAAGGCAGUCGCAGAGGGUUGUUGCUCCCGCCGCCCAGCCCGAGGCCUUCGCAGUGCGGCACGAUCCGAAGCCGGUUGAGCAGCCGAACGAAGUCAUCGAGAUCCGGCAUCCAGCGGAUGGAGAGCUGUUCGACGCGGUUGGAAACGGCCUCUGUGGCUUCGUCGGGACAAUCGGGAUCGAGCAAAGGCUCUUGUUCGUUGGGCAGUCCUUCGGCCAAUCACGGACGCGUGAUGCUCAGCCAUCCGGAAUGGGUCACUGUCACCUUGCAGAUCGAUUGUCGAGGUAGUUACGGACUUGCCUUGGGACGGGCUCCGGAUCACGAAGCUCCCGUCGUCAUUAACGUCGAAUCCAGCAGCCCUUGCGACAGGGCUGGAUGCAUCCAACCUGGCGAUCGAAUCCUGCGCAUCAAUCAACAGAGCACGGCCGGAAUGAAUUUAGACGAAGUCGUGGAACUCAUGAGAGAUUCCAAACCGCGAAUGACGCUCGACGUCGAGUUUGACGUGGCCGAUUCCGUCGUUCCGGCCACCGGCGUCUACUGGCUCAAACUGAUUAAACCGACCGGCUCUUCAUCCACGUUCGGCAUCAGUCUCCAAGAUGAUGCCAAAGUGCAGAGGGCCAGCGAUGGGAGUUUAGUAGUCAGCUCUGUUUUAGCUGGAUCGGUUGCCCAUCGGACGGGUUCCGUCCAAGCUGGCGAUCGAUUAUUGGCCAUCAAUAACAGCCGCGUUGAGAUUUUAACCAUCGACGAAGCCCUGUCCAUCUUGCAAAGCGAGCAAGUCAUCCGAUUGAAAUUGCAUAAAAGCCAACAGUCGGUGGAUGAAUUGCCCGAACAAGCGCCCGUCGUUUACACCGUCGAGCUCGUCCGGCACGGCGGACCUUUAGGUAUAACCAUCUCCGGCACGGAGAGCCCCGAUGACCCCAUCACCAUCUCCGGGCUGACGGAAGGCGGACUGGCCGAGAGAACUGGAGCGCUUCACGCAGGCGACCGGCUCUUAGCCAUCAACGGCCGCUCUCUCCAGGGAAAGCUCCUCUCUGAAGCCAUCGAGAUCUUGCAGAAUUCCGGUGACAUUGUCACUCUCAAAAUCGGCAAAUCUGGCGCCAAAGUUCUCAACAGUGGAGAGCUGCAAAGGGAGGAUUACCUGCCUUUGAAAUUGCCACCGUUGCCGUCGAUCGACAGCGCAGUCGAGUCCUGGGUCAGCGGAGCUUCCAAUAGACCGUGCAACAACAACAACAACAACAACAACAACAACCACAAUGAUUCCACGCCGAUUUACACGGCCGAGAGCGCCACGGUGAGGCGGAGGCAAAAUAACAAUCGCGAACAGAGCUGGGACAUGCUGAGCUCUCCCAGCGUCGAUAGCGGCCAAUUCGAGGUUCAGUGUAACGUCAUCGUCAAUGGCCCUGUGCCCAGUCCGGCGAACUCGACGCCGGGGACGUCGCCAGGUCAACAAGGUAGCGAAGCGGAACCGGUGGAGCCCGUCAUCCGCAUGAGCGACCUGGCGCUGGUCCAACGUUGCACUACUUUGCCCCGCAACUACCGCAAGAUCACUCAUCCGCAGCGACCGGAUGCGGAUAGCUGCAGUAACACUUCGCGAACUUCGCCAAUCUACUGUUUAGCACCAGCCUUUCCCGGCUCUCAAUUGCCGUCCAAUUUGGAAGUCCAUCAGGUAACGCUCCACAAGGAUUCCGUUUACGAAGAUUUCGGAUUCAGCGUGUCUGAUGGCCUUUACGAAAGAGGAAUUUACAUUAACCGCAUCCGUAAAGGAGGGCCGGCUGAUAUUUCUGGUCUACUUCAAGCGUUUGACAGGAUUCUUCAAGUCAAUGAUACCCGAACGUACGAUUUCGAUUGCUGUUUAACCGUCCCCCUGAUCGCCGCUGCCGGAGACGCCAUUACUUUGGUGGUCGGCCGUAAUCCGCACUCGGUCCAUAUGGACCUGAAGGAGAACGCUGUUAGCGGCCUUAAUUGGGACGAAGACGAGGAUGGGGUCAUUCCGGCCGAUGCGGACGAUGUUGCUGCGUCUUCUGCGUUUGUCGGCGUCCGAACCAUAACGACGACUCUUUGAAAUGAAGCUGUUUGAAAAAAAAAAAAUGAAACAAAGACAAAAAAGAAUUGAAAGACAUGUGAGAAAAAUGAAAUACGAACCGAUACCAAACCAAAUGGACUGGACCUGAUUUUUAAUCGUAUAUGUAAAUGUAUAUCGCCCUGUAUGAUCCAUAACGUCAUGUACACACACACACACACACACACACACAUAAAAAAACAUAAAAUAUAUAGACACAUUUCCUGCUCUUCCGGCUUACCAGACGAAAGUGUUGCUACCUCGUGCUUGUAAAACUCUCCCGUAUUUUUCCCUCUUCCAUAUAUCGCUUCCGCUGUGUUUUAAUUCAAGACCUCUGGGCAAAACAAGAAAGAAAAAAGCAAAAACAAAAAUCUGUUUGAAUGUAAAAUUACCCAAAUAUGUUAUCUAUUGUCAGUUUGGUUUUCUCUUUUAUUAUUAUUAUUAUUUUAAUUUUUUUUUUUUUGGUCAUAUACAAGUAACGGUUUU